GAAAUAUACAACUUGCUUUCUUCAUUUCCAAAGCUACCCCUUCCCAGAAACUCAUAAACUGAACAAGUCCACCUUAAACUAAACCAUGAAUUCAACUACUACUAUUCCCUUUUUAGGAUCUCAAACUUAAGUCAGCUUCAAUUUCAAGGAGCUUAACUUUGAGCUUCUUUUACAAGAUGACAAGUCAUGGGAAAGAAGAUCAAGAUCAGAGGAAAAUCCUUGGCAUGGAAGAUUCUAGUAUGACAAUUGAAUUUCUCCGGGCACGAUUAUUGGCUGAAAGGUCUGUCUCACAAACAGCAAGGCAGAGAGCUGAAGAACUAUCAGAGAGGGUCUUGGAACUGGAAGAGCAGCUAAAGAUUGUGUCUCUACAAAGAAAGAAAGCCGAGAAGGCCACUGCAGCUGUUCUUUCCAUCUUAGAGAACAAUGGAAGAUCUGAUGCUUCGGAGGAGUUUGAUUCAGGCUCUGAUCAGGAAGCGAUAUUCUCUGAUUCUAAAUGUGCUGAGUCCGCUGACAAUAGAGACGGGCGAAAGCCAACUUCAUCAAAUGUGAAAGAGAAAGAAAAUGAUGCAGAUACAUUCUCAAGCUCCGAGAUUGUAUCUUCUCCAUCAACUGGUAGAAGUUUGUCGUGGAAAAGUGGUAAUAAUCAUUCUUUGCAGUUUUUCGACAGGAAGAAAUACAGUGAUUCUUCCUGGAGGAGGUCUAGUAGUUUCGCAUCAACUGGAUCUUCUUCGCCAAGACAUUCUGGAAAAUCAUGCCGACGGAUAAGGCGCAGUAACACCAGAUCAGCCACUGAUGAAUUACAAAAUACUUCUGGUGGAUGUCCCUCCGAGAUUCUUCCUUCUUCUGCUAACAAUGGGACUCAAUCCUUAAUGGACAGUGCUGGCGAUAAUGAUGCGAAAAGUCAACUUCACUUUCAUGCUUCAGAGAUGUCAGAAAAUCAAAGGAAAGCAGAUGAGAAUGAUGAAAACAUGGAAAGAGCUCUACAACAUAAGGCACAACUUAUAGGGCAAUAUGAAGCUGAGGAAAAAGCCCAAAGAGAAUGGGAAGAAAAGUACAGACAGAAUAACAGCUAUUCACAGGAUUCUUGUGACCCUGGGAAUUACUCGGACGUAACUGAAGAAAGAGAUGACAUGAAGGCAUUCGAGCAAUCAUACUCAGCUGGAAUGAUAAAUUUGCAAAACCAUGCAAACCAAUUCCAGGAAGCAGAUACUCGCUCCCUGAACGAAGUUACUGACAAUGUUCCAUCCACUCCACAUAUCGAUACUGGACGCUGGAAGGAUCAGAAUUGCAGCAAAGUUAUUACCUCAGAGUCAGCAUCAGAAUUUGCAUUCUCAAAGUCUAAUGGGAGUUGUCCAGAAAAUCAUGGCCCGAUACCUGCUUAUACUCGCCAUCAAUCUAUGCCUGCGAAUGGCUCCCCUAUGCACCCGUUCGAAAAUACUAUUCCAUCUUCUGAAGGUAGCAGUUCGCAAGCAGGACAAGCUUUUGAAGGAUCUUAUGAACAAGCCUUGGUUUCUCAUAACACUUCAAAUAAUAUAGGUUCUAUACUGGGGGCACUUGAACAAGCUAAGUUUUCACUCAGCCAACAGAUCAACGACUUCAAAUCUUCUGCGGAGACUGUAGGACAUUCUAUUCUUACAACUAGAAUUGAGGACAGAUUAGAUAUUCCACCUGGGUGCCCUGGCCUUUUCAGACUACCAACAGAUUUUCAACCCGAAGCAACUACAACUGUCAGCUACUCGGGUUUGUUUUCAAGGUUCAGUUCAGCAAAUUAUUCUCUUGAAAAUGGCUCUGAUAAAUUCUCUACAACCCCGUACAUGGAGUCUGGAUCAAAUGCUAUUACAGGGAAUAUGUUUUCUUCUCUUUCCACCCGACCUUUCUCAGAUGUCGGUUUUGGUCUACCUUCACAAAGGCCCGUCUUUGGGAACACCUCAGACAAAGGUCUACCAUAUUCCACCGGAUACAACUACCUUAAUCCUCCCUCGAGUUUUGGUCUUCCGUUUUCUAGUAAAUCAGUGUACCCCACCUAUCCUUUUUGCCUCAGUACAACAAUUACUACGUCUCAAUCCCCAAGUUGGAGUCCACUACAUGGAUCCUCACCGACCACAUUCAGCCCCAAUGUAGUGCCAAAAUUAUUAUCAGGUGAAGAAAUGUACCUAAGAUCACUUCCUAGGAAUGAGACAGGUACAACCCCAUCAUUUCAUGUCUCACAUUAUGAUGCUCAUCUGAGACCAAACCUGUAUAGGUAGCUGGUAUUGCUCAAAGCACUGCAUUUCAUCUAAUAUGGUUUAGGGUUAGAAUGAGAGGUUUGGCUAUGUAUCUAUGUGUCUAGUUCUUUUUCUUUUUAGUCUCUCUCUAUCUAUUUCUUCAUCUAAUAUGAAUGAGAGGUUUGGCUAUGUAUCUAUGAUAUUUGAGGCUGUUGUUGUAUCUAGAUGUGUUUGUAGAUGGAAUCAAUAAAAUUUGUCAACAAUUAGACUAUCAUGGUUGCUUGACUGGAUUGUUUAUGUUA